CUGCCAUUGGCGCCAAAAUCCACCGUCUUCAUCUUCCCCUCUACUGAAACAGAUUGCAUAUUCGCCUCCCUGUUCUUGCUUCAUCGUCGGCGAUGGCUAAUUACGGCAGCAAAAAAGGCGCUUACGAUGAAAUUUAUGACAAGAUUCUUGAUCUCCGAGAACUGAUGGAAACCACCAGAAAGAAUAUCGUGAAAUUGAUGGAAGACUCACUUAAGGAGGGAAUGGAAGAUGAUCCGGAAGAUAUAGCUGUAAAGGAGCAUGAGAAAUUUGAAGAUUUCCACCGGAGGUUUCGUGCAUUCGAGAGAGAUUGCGUCAAUUUGGUACGCAAUCCUUCGGAGUUGGAUUUGUAUCACAAAAGGUUUCAAGAAUUCUCCCAAGAACUCAAUAAAAUCGAUAAGCAGGUCAGAGAAUAUCUUCAGCUAUUAGAAGAUAUUGAGGAAGAAGCGGAAGAACAGAACCAGUCACCGACUCAUCUCGAAACAAAGGAACUUCAAGCGUCCAGUGAUGCAACCGGCCACACUAUGUUUGGGAAUCUUGAGGGAAAGAUCUUGCCCCAAUCUGAUAUGCAGGCGAUGGAAAAGUUCUAUGAUAAGAAACAUCGGGAAAAACCUCCAUCACUUCCGAAGAAUCCAACACCGAAGCUGAGUCCUGAGGCGGCGGCAGAAGUGAGUACCGAGGGAAAGAAGAAAAUGGAAGUGUUCAGUCUGUUACCAAUAGGUACCAACUGGAAUUUGUGUGAUGUCAUAACGCAUAUGUAUGGAUUUGAACAUACAGAGUCGCAGAAAAUUGAGAUGUACAUUGAUAAGGCAUUCAUCCGGAAUCCAUACCAUGGUAUUGGUUCAUCAGAAGGAAAAAGGAUAUUGGAUUGGCGAAGUGUGUCGAAAGCAAAGGAAGUGUUGCAAGAGUCCAAGGCUAAGAUUGAGCGACUUCAGAAUAUGAUUCCAGGAUUGUUUAAGAUCUGGCUUUUACGUGUGGAGAAUCAAAUGUACAGUCUUGUUCUUUAUCUCCGCUGUAUCAUGUCAGGCUAUGAACCAGCAAUGGAAAAGUUCCAGGAACUGAGAACUUCCCUUGGAAUAUAUAGACAGAGAAAUAUCGGGAGAGUUCCGAUUGUAGCACACAGGAUCCUUAAAUUGCUGGAAAUGCAGGCACCGGAGGAGCAAUCGGAGUUGAACAGAGAUCAGCAAGAAGCAUUGUACAGGGAUUGUGGUUUUGAUCAGGUGAUUGGUUCAAUUCAAAAGAUGAUUUUGCUAUGUAAAUCUCUACUGAUGGUUUCUAGGGGUGCUUCUCAUGCAACGAGAAUAAGUGCAUAUGAGCUGCAGAGAAGUGAGCAAUUAUUGCGGAAAGCUGAGGAGGAAUUGAAUGGAAUGGAGAGGAGGCUUAUGAAAGCAAGGAAGAAUGUUCAGAAAAAGAGGAGGGAGGAGGAAGAUGGUGGGAACGAAAGUAGGACUGGGACUGGGACUAGGACUGCGAGUGGGAGUGGGAGUGGGACUGAAGAUGGUGGGAACGGAAGUGGGACUGGGAGUUCGAGUGGGACUGGGGGCUUGGAAAUGUGAGAGAAGGGUAGGGGAAAGAUGGUAUGGAGGAACUGUUGAUUUACAUGCUAUACUUGAGUAAUAGGAGUGGUGGUGUGUAGAUUUUUGAGGGAAAAAGUUUUGGGUUUGGUCAUUUUUUGGAUUUGGACUUGGUCUAAGGAAAAGAGGACCAAGUUAAUCUGUUACCCUGACCUUUUACAAUGACAAUAAAGAGUUCUUGUUUUGAUAUUCAUCUGAGGAGUUCUUGUGUAAAUAGAUUUGUUGAAAACCGUUAUCCUUUUAGGAGAAAUCAAAGCUAGGGAGGCUUGGACAACUCUUAUUUGGUUUGGUUUGAAAGUUAAUUUAGGCUGAAAUUUCAUUUUGCUGUUGAGAAGCCUGUUUUGUCUGUUACUUUAAGCUAUAAGUAGCAGUUACUUACCAUACUUAUUUAUGUUCCAGAAGUUGCUUAAAAUUUGUUGAAAAGGAAAAGAAAUGUUGGAUUCCAAAUUGGGGUCAUUUGGAACCGCAAUUUGGUAAUAUUGUUCAAGGCUUAAUUUGACUGUAGAUGCAGCAUGCUGUCUUCUUUUCCUUGAAGAUUUAUUUAUUUCUGUUGUUUUCAGUGCAUUGUUACGCCUUUAGUUAUGACAUAUUGCGUGUGCCUUUAUUUAUGCAUGUUUUAAAUUUCUUUGUUAUUUCUGUAGUUAUGCCUGACACUGAGGAAUGAUAAGGGCACAUUGUUUGACCGUUGCUCUUGAAUACGAUUUGGUUUUGAUUUCUUGGGAUUGUUCCCAUAUUUGCUGAGUCUGAUUUCCUAAGAUUGUUUCCAUAAUUUCUCAGCUAUCUUUCUCACUUGAUUCAUGAUUUGAUAGCUCCAGUUGCAGUGAUAUCUUAUUCUCCCUCAUAUUUCACAUAAAGGAUCUGCUUUUAU